CUGUCUUUUCUAUCCACGCCCGGCGGUAGCGGCUCAUGUCCUCUAUUGAAAUUUGAAAUAUAAUUAAAUAAAAAGUUUGAUGUUAAUCACGAAAACAUGGACACCAGAAAGCUGACGGAAAUACUGCGCGCUACCAUUGACCCAAAUCAGAGACAGCAAGCAGAAGAACAGCUCUCUCAGAUACACAAAAUAAUUGGAUUUGCGCCUACAUUGCUACAAGGUGUUAUGCUACAUGAGGUUUCAAUACCAGUGCGUCAAGCUGGAGUUGUUUACUUAAAGAACAUGAUUACAUCUGGAUGGCAAGAAAAGGAACCAGAGGAUGGGGAGCCAAUACCAUUUAGCAUUCAUGAACAAGAUCGUGCAAUGAUCAGAGAUAUGAUAGUAGAUGCUAUUGUCCAGGCACCUGAUAUUAUAAGAGUACAACUGUGUGUUUGUCUUAAGACCAUAAUUAAAAAUGAUUUCCCAUCACGAUGGACUCAAAUUGUUGACAAAAUACACAUAUAUUUACAAAAUCAUGAACCAAAUAGUUGGAUGGGAGCUCUAUUGUGUCUAUACCAACUGAUCAAAAGCUAUGAAUAUCACACAGCAGAAAAAAGAGUUCCACUCAUUGAAGCCAUGAACUUGUUAUUACCAAUGAUGUACAAUCUAAUUGUAAAUCUUCAGGCUGACCAAUCUAUGGAAUCUGUUCUGAUACAGAAACAAAUACUCAAAUGCUUUUAUGGCUUAAUAAAAUACAUUUUGCCUUUGGACUUGAUUACGAAGGAAAUUUUUACCAAGUGGAUGGAAGUUCUGAGAUCAGUAAUGGAGCAGCCUGUACCAGAUAGCUCUCUGGAGGUUGAUGAUGAUGAACGUAUGGAACUGCCCUGGUGGAAAUGCAAAAAAUGGGCUGUACAUACAUUAUAUCGUUUAUUUGAAAGAUAUGGUAGCCCAGUUAAUGCACGUGAUGAAUAUGCUCAGUUUGCUGAAUGGUACUUAACUACAUUCACGGGAGGUAUUUUAGAGGUUUUGCUUCGAGUACUGGAUCAAUACAGAAACAAACUUUAUGUAUCACCAAGGGUUUUGCAACAAACUAUCAGUUACAUAGAUCAAUGUGUGAGCCAUGCACAUUCCUGGAAAUUAUUGAAGCCACACAUGUUUGCAAUCAUACAAGAUGUGCUAUUUCCACUUAUGUCUUAUUCUGAGGCUGAUGAAGAGCUUUGGUUCACUGAUCCUCAUGAGUAUAUACGUAUUAAAUUUGACAUAUUUGAAGAUUUUGUGUCACCUGUAACAGCAGCACAAACAUUACUCAUAUCUUGCUGUAAAAAAAGAAAAGAUAUGUUAGAGCGAACAAUGCACCUCUGCAUGCAAGUUUUAACAAGUCAAAGUGGGGAAUAUGGACCAAGGCAAAGAGAUGGAGCCCUACAUAUGGUUGGAACAUUAAAUGACAUCCUGAUUAAGAAAAAAUUCUACAAAGAAGAAAUUGAUUCUCUUCUUAGUCAAUAUGUUUUUCCUGAAUUCCACAGUCAGUUAGGUUACAUGAGAGCUAGAGCUUGUUGGGUUCUACAUUGUUUUGCUAGUGUUAGAUUCAAGAGUGAACCUCUAUUGAUAGAGGCUGUUCGAUACACUGUUAAUGCACUACUUAAUGAUGCAGAGUUACCUGUUAAGGUAGAAGCAGCUAUAGCCCUCCAAAUGCUUUUAACAUCCCAGGAAAAAGUGCACAAAUUAUUGGAACCUCAAGUUAAGGCUGUGACAACAGAAUUGCUACAGGUUAUCAGAGAAACUGAAAAUGAUAACAUAGCAAAUGUCCUUCAAAAGAUUGUACCAUUAUACACAGAGCAGUUAAUGCCUAUGGCCUAUGAAAUUACAGAUCACUUAGCAACAACCUUUAGCAAAGUUAUUGAAACAGAUUCUGGAACAGAUGAAAAGGCAAUCACAGCUAUGGGUCUUCUAAACACAAUGCAAACAGUGCUAAAUGUAAUGGAAGAUAAUCCUGAAAUAAUGGCACAAUUAGAAAAGACAGUUUUGCGAGUCAUUGGACAUAUUCUACAUCACAAUAUAAUAGAAUACUAUGAAGAAGCUAUGACUUUAUUGUGCAAUUUAACUGCAAAAACAAUAUCAGAAGACAUGUGGAAAGUUUUGGAGAUGUUGUAUCAAGUUUUCGAAAAAGAGGGUUUUGAUUACUUCACAGACAUGAUGCCUGUACUUCACAAUUACAUCACUGUUGAUACUAAUGCAUUCCUGUCCAAUGAGAAUCACAUUCUAGCUAUGUUUAAUAUGGUCAAAGCGGUACUUAACUCAGAUGCAGAAGAUGAAUCGGAGGUAUAUGCAGCAAAACUUCUUGAAGUUAUAGUGCUUCAAUGUUCAGGGAAGAUAGAUAAUUGUCUUCCAUCAUUUGUGGAACUAGUUCUGAGCAGACUUACGAGGAAAGUCAAAACAUCCGAACUUAGAACUAUGUUGCUACAGGUACUGAUAGCCAUCUUGUACUGCAAUCCACAUCUGCUGUUCACCAUUCUUAAUAAACUUCAAGAGUCUGUUCCUAAUGCAUCUAUCACACAACACUUCAUUAAACAGUGGAUACAUGAUACAGACUGCUUCAUGGGUUUACACGAUAGAAAGUUAUGUGUGCUUGGUAUAUGCACUUUGCUCGAGAUGGGACCACAGAGACCCAAUCUUGAUGAAAUUUUGCCUAAAAUUCUUCCCUCAUGUUUGGUACUGUUUGAUGGCUUAAAACGGGCAUAUGAAGCCAGAGCCGAAGCCGAUGAUGACACAUCUUCAGAAGAAGAUGAUGGAGAUGAAGACGAAGAAGUGCUUUCUAGUGACGAUGAUGAUAUUGAUCAAAUGAACAAUGAAUAUUUGGAAAAUCUUGCUAGACAAGCAACGAAAAAUAGUGCACAACAAGGCAUCAAUCUAACUGCUAAGAUUGAAGAAUAUGAAAGUGAUGAUGAUGAUGACGACUUUGAGCCAGACGAGACAGCUAUUGAAUGUUACACCACGCCUCUUGACGAGAAAGAUUGCGUUGUCGAUGAAUAUAUCAAAUUUAAAUUAACAUUGUCAGCUUUAUCAACCAGUGAACCAGCGCUUUAUCAUGCACUGACAAGUGUGUUGACUGAGGAGCAACAGAAACAGUUGAACACUGUGUUUGUAUUAGCUGAUCAGCGUAAGGCCCAACAAGACAGCAGACGCAUUGAACAAAGCGGUGGUUAUUCAUUUACUGUUCCUGCACAAGUACCAACUACAUUCAAGUUUGGUUCAUAAAUAAUUUUAAAUAAUAUAUCAAUGCAAUUAUUUAAAUCAUCGGUGAAAAUAAACUGUAGAUCAUUAAUGAUAUUAGUAAACCCACACACACACACUAGUUACUUAUAAAUCUAUUUCAAAGUAAAAAAUAUUAAGUUAAUGUAAUGGUCAAUGACCUUCACCCUGUGACAUGAGUAUGCUAUAGUCUAUUAGUGUGUAGAAUGCCGAUAAUAUUAGUUAGGGAGCUGGCUUUGUACGGUUCCAUUUUAAUUUCAAAGUGUUUUUCUAGAGGGUUUUUACACCUGUGUUCAUUAAAAAGGCUUUUGUAUUAUUGAAUUAAAAAUCGCAACUUUUUAUUUUGUUUGUCACUUAUGAAAUAAUUUAAAGGUUCUAUAGAUACCGAAUUUACAAAAAGUAAUUAUCAAGAUUGUUUCUUUUUUAUUAUUACUAUAAUUAUAAAAUAUAAAAAAAUAUAUAUGAAAUUAUUUUUUUUUUUCGUCGUUAUCCUUAAAAUAUCGUCUUCUUCAAGAAACGAUCUAUGUUACGAUUUAUACUCUGUAUCACGAACAUUCGUUUUACUAAAAACAGAGUAAUAUAAUGUGAUUUCUUUCAUCACAAAUCUUGUGUCUUAUAUUUGAAACAGGAAAUGAGGUAAUAAUAUAGUUUACGGCAUUUUUUUUGCUUAAAUUGUGUUGUACUUUAUAAGAAUGAUCGAAUCGUUGUAUAACACCAUAUAGCUAACGAUGGGUAUACUGUUUAUGUAAAUUGUAUAUCUUUUAGAUUUGUGUUCUGUUCUGCCUUGUACAACUUAAAUAUCAGAUAUAGAUAAAUUAAAUUUGGUGAUUAGUUACGCUAUUUAUACUGUUCCUUAAAUCUAACGUUUAUGUACAUAGUAUACUGCGUCCAGAUCCCUAGCUAUAUAAAACGCAAUCCGAAAAAAUGUAUAUGUCAUACAACUAAAUUGAAUAACACUUAUAAUUUCAUAUUUUUACAUUUGUAAAGCUUAUUCAUUAAUUCCUAAAUCAUUUGAUUGAGUAAUUUUAUUUUAGAAUCUGAUAGAUGAUGAAAUCAUUGAGAAAUAUUGCCUAAUAUCAAGGGAUUAUACAUAAUGUAUUUCACGAUAUGUCAAUAAAUAUAAGCAAUGUUAGUUAAAUGUAUUGCUAUUUAAUACGAAUUUUACGCAAUGCCUUUUAAUUUUUCUAUUACUUUAUAG